AACAGUUCGGCGAGGCAGACGGAAGAUUCGCUCGCUUCUCUUUGUUGGAGUCCGGGCUGCAGGGGUUCCAGUGUGGACGGACCGACACCGCCCAGGGAGGCGCGGCGGCGGAUUGCAACCGCUCCACGGCCCAUUGAGAGAGAGGAGAGAGAAACUAACGGCGAGACGUUAAAUAACGGUGAAAGCGUGCACAGCUGCAACCCCAAACUUGUUGACGGGUCACCACCCAACACACCAUGGUGAAGGACGGUGCUGGAGAUCGGCAGGGCAAGGACGAGAUGAAGAUGAAUGUGCGGAACGCAGAGGAUGCCCAGCCUGACGGGACACAGGAGGGAGCAGCGGCAGACGCUGCCAAAGGAACGGCGGGAGCAACGCGAGGAAAACCCUUUGGGAUAGUGAGCUACAUCCUCCUGGGUCUCUUUGUCCUGCUGACGGUGAUGUUUGUCGUGGAGCUGCUGAAGUUCAGACAGAUGUCUGGAGAAAUUAAAGAGCUGAAGGAUAACAUCACAUCGGAACUUGCGAGCAUGAAGCAGGAACUGAUCUCAGUGAUUCGGGUGGAAAACGAACAAUUGGCGGCAGGACAGAGGAACAUAGAAAGCAGGAUUUCCAGCUUGUCGGAUCAGACGCGCAAAUGGCACGGUGACGUGCGCGCUCAGCUCGCGGACAUGAGGGAAAACUGUCGCCCCCGAUUCGAGUGCCCCGACCAGUGGACGUUAUUCAGCCAAAAGUGCUUCUACUUUUCACCAAACUCGGAAGAUUGGGUGUCAUCGCAGAGGCUUUGCACUGCCCAGAUGGCCAACCUGGUUGUGAUCGACAGCUCUGCCAAACAGGCGUUUGUGAAACGAGAGGUCAAGACAACACGACACUGGAUUGGCCUGAAUGAGUCCAGCGUGGAUGGGACCUGGCAUUGGGUGGAUGGUACUGACUACGUUCCUUCACAAACGUUUUGGGCCGACGGAAAACCCAAAAGCACUGGAAGUUACGAAGCUUGUGCUGGUACUAACCGUGAUGGGUCCUGGAUGGUAUACUCGUGUAGUGAAAAAAUGAAUUACAUCUGUGAGCGGCCUGUGUUUUGCCAUUUUAAGAACCCUUCACUUAGUUGAAGAUCUGAAUCUUGUUUGGAAACAUAUUUUCUGAUCCUUUUUUAAGCUAUGUUGUAACCAUGGCCUAACAACAAGAUCAAAUUGCUGCCUGAAACUGAGUGCCAUCAAAUGUAGCGAAGAGGCUGUCCUUUCCAGCUUGUGCAAUGCCCACUAGUAAACUAUGCGUUAGGAAUUUAAUUCUGCAGCUCGAGUGCUUUUUUUUUAACCUGAGAAUAUUCAACACCUUUCCUUUUUUAUGCUUAAAUGUAUAGUUUUCUUUGAUAAUUUAGAUUAGGAUUGUACCAGUGUGUUUCCACAUCUAUCUGUCAAGUGAGAAUUUAACAUUUUCUACGAGAAAGGACACAAAGUGCUGGAGUAACUCAGCGGAUCAGGAGAACAUGGAUCGAUGACGUUUCGUUUCAUGACCCUUCUUUAGACGGAAUCUGUCUGAUCCAAAACAUCACCUACCUAUGUUCGCCAGAUUUCAAGUAACCCUUGCUUUCCCUCUCUCUCCAUUCCCUCCCCUUCCCAGUUCUCCGACCAGUCUCACUGCCUCCUACUACAUUUUAUUUGUUUGCGUUGUUGAUACCACCUUCUUCUGUGAAGGUUGAUGUCAAGGGAGUGGGAGGUACAUAGAUGAAGGUUGAAGGUUGCAAUCUUCCACCCCUGUUGAUACCUUCCCCCAGCUAACAAUAAUCCUUCUAUAUUUCUACAUUUUCCUUGAUAUCCAUUCCCUUUUUCCUGUUUCACACCUUACACCUCCUUAUCUA